AGCUUAGGAUCUUUACGCAUAGAUGGCGCUAACUAUACGGUUUUGUAGUGAUGAAGCUAAUCAAUCAAAAAAUAGAUUCAGUUAAUUUAAACCAAAUCAAAUGUUAGGAUUCAUUUAAUCUGAACCAGUUCAAAAUAAGCAAGCUCAUCACAAGGUUUAAAUGUCAACGUAUGUCAUUGGGAAACUUACUUUCAAAUACUAAAAAUGCUUUUACAAACUCAGGAAUGGGGAAUGGAUAUAUCAGAUAUAUUGGGAUAUAUUUAAGAAAACCUAAAAAUAUGUUCUCGAGUGGGUGUCACGGCUGAACUCUCCACAUCAUCUGGUAGCAGUAUUUACAAAAAUAAAAGGAAGAACAGUUGAACAAAGUGACAAGCCAUAACCACUUUAUGGUCAAAUGAUUUCCAUAUCUGUAAAAAAAAGGAUUGCUGCAAGGUGCUGUUCCAACAUUGGACAUAGACAGUGCCGAUAGACAGAUGUACAUACCAGGUAAUGCUGAAGAAACGAUUGAAAGUGAAAUCGAGUUUUAAGCAGAGAAACUACAAAAAUGAUAACAUCAACUUGGUACCAGUUAGUGAUCAUAGUGGAUUCUCUAGCUCAACUAAACCAGCUGUUUUUGAUGAAGAAAUUAUUGCAUUCCUUAAUUUUUGGGUGUAGAUGAAGGAAAUGGGACUAAACAAGAAAGUUCUGAAAUAUUUUACUAUAUAAUAGGUUUUUAUUCAAUACUUGUUUUCAAAGACUGUGCGAUGUGGCCAGAUUUCAUUACUU